CCGACGGUUGAUUGUGAGAUGCAAGAGGGUUUAUUCAACCACUUUUGGAAAACUGUCCAAGACUAUGUCCCUUAUGAAAAGAGUAAUGUUCCUUGGUGGGCAGGUUGCUCGAUGGUGGUCACUGGAGGACUUGUGGUGUACGCCGCCAAGUCAGUCUUUCAAUUGUAUUGGACAAGGAAGAGGUUGAGACCACUCCAUGGAUCACAAAAUCUUCCUGGUCCUUCACCUUGGCCUAUUGUGGGAAACUGUAUUCCCUUAUCUUCGAAUUUGUAUCAAACACUGUAUCAAUAUGUGGAACAGCCCAUCAGUCUCUAUUUCAUUGCGUCCACACCUUUUGUGGUCGUGACAGAUGAAGCUGCUGUUCGCAAGGUUUUAGGUAGCGGUAUGUAUCAAAAACCAAAAUAUUUUGGUUACCGUUCCAGUACCAUUCGAUAUUCUGUCGAAAUGAAUCAGAAACUGAUACUUACAAAUGAACAAAUGAGACAACAACAAGCGGACAGUUCAAGAAAGGCAUUAAAAGUCAUGAUUGAUUCCAAGGUUUCAGAUAUAAUUGAUGGAAUGAUUGAAGCGGCGGAAGCUGUUGUUCAUGCAGUUGAUGGAAGAGAACAAGUCGAAAACAUUCGACGAAAAGUGAUCGAAUUGAAUUUAAAUGUUUUAUUUGGAUAUAAGAAUGACAAAGAUGUGGGUUCCCUAUCUCAUAUCAUCUUUGAAGCUGGAAAAGAAUUUAUUUUAAGGACAGUCAAUCCUUUUCGUAUUGGGUGGAGAUGGAUGGCCAAUUUUCGAUUUUUUCAAUAUGUCUUUUCGUUGAUUACGAUUGGCAGAAGAGUUUGUCAACAUAUGGAUAGUCAACCAGCUACAUGGGUUCAUGGUUGGGUAGGUAAAGUAGGAAAAAUUGGCAAACUAGGAAAAGUUGUUGGUUUAAUAAUGGCAUCGAGUCAAACCGUGCCUACAACAUGUUUAUGGUUACUUUUCUUGCUUUCGAAAUAUCCACAAGUAGUUGAAAAGAUAAGAGAGGAAACAUCUCGUGUUUUACAUUCCACAAAGAAACAAAGUAUGGAGGAGUUUACUGUGGAUGACUUGAACGAGUUGGCAUAUGUGGAUUGCGUAGUGAAAGAAUGUUUGCGCUUGUAUCCUCCUUUUCCUUUGUUACAAAGAGAGCCCGAGAUGGAUGAUAUUCUAGAAAAUGUAAAGAUUCCUGCAAGGACUCCAGUUUAUAUUGUUCCUUGGUUACUUCAUCAUCAUCCAAAAUAUUGGAAACAGCCGGAAGAUUUUAUACCCGACAGAUUCAUGUACAAUGCUAGUCAUGGAGAUGCACCGUCGGACUUUGUAUAUAUUCCUUUCGGUAGAGGUUCAAGAAUGUGUGCUGGUUAUCAUUUGGCGCUGUUGGAACUGAAAAUUUUGACAAUAUAUGUUUGCCAAUAUUAUGAUUGGAAAUGUUCAUUUCCUCAAGGAAAAGAACCAGUAAGCAAAAAAUAUCCAAUAGAAACUAUCACUCACUCAUCUUGCAACCGUUUCUUCUUUAUUAUGCAAUUGUUGUCGAUAGGCAAUGUUUCCUAGUAUCUCAAUGACACCUGAGAACAUUGAAA